CCCGAAGGAUGCCAGUGAAGAAGGAGGAGCCGGCUCAGUGCCUUAACUAUCGUAAUAAACUUAUUUUGGCGCCCAUGGUGCGAGUGGGAACUCUGCCCAUGCGUUUGCUGGCGCUUGAAAUGGGCGCCGACAUUGUUUAUACCGAGGAGCUCAUCGAUUUGAAACUCAUCAAGAGCAUACGGCGAGUUAACCCUGCGUUGGGUACUGUGGAUUUUGUGGAUCCUUCUGAUGGUACAAUUGUCUUCCGAACCUGUGCUCUGGAGAAAUCACAGCUGGUGCUCCAAAUGGGAACAAGCGAUGCCGCUCGUGCUCUGGCUGUGGGCAAAUUGGUGCAGCAGGAUAUUGCCGGCCUUGACAUUAAUAUGGGCUGCCCCAAGGAGUUUUCCAUCAAGGGCGGCAUGGGCGCAGCCCUACUCUCGCAACCAGAAAAGGCGGCUCACAUAUUGCGGAAUCUGUGCACAAAUCUAGACAUUCCGGUUACCUGCAAGAUUCGCAUACUGCCCCAAGUAGAGGACACAAUACAACUUGUUCGUCAGCUUGCGGCCACAGGUAUUGCUGCAAUUGGCAUUCAUGCUCGGACGCAAGCAGAACGCCCGCAACAUCAGCCACAUCCCGAUGUGCUGCGUGCCGUGGCCGAUGCUGUCGAUAUACCCAUUAUAGCGAACGGAGGUUCCCGCGAUAUGCAUGCCUAUGAGGAUUUGUACAAAUUUCAACGUGAAUGCGGCGCGGAUAGUGUCAUGGUUGCUCGGGCCGCCCAGAUCAACGUCUCCAUAUUCCGCAAGGAAGGAUCAUUGCCCAUGGAUGAAAUUAUCUAUAAGUAUUUGCGCCUUUGUGUAGAUUACGAUAAUGCGGCACACAAUACGAAAUACUGUGUGCAGAACAUACUAAAAGAGUUGCAGGAAUCGCCACGUGGCAAGCAGUUCCUGCAAUGCCAAACGCUCCAGCAAAUGUGCGAACUUUGGCAACUGGGCGAUUAUUGCAAGCGAAAGCAACGUGAGCUAAAAGCGAAGGGCAAUUUGGGACGACAUGAUGUUGUGCCCGGAUCGAAUCUGGCGAAACGGGCCAGGCUUGAGGGGAAUGAAGAUGCAUACGCAGGUGUUAUGCAACGAAAUGUGGCCUUUCUACGAUCCACUUACGCAAGUGAUAAUGAGUUGCCAAAGACGGUGCUUUAUGUGCACGCUGGACGUGAGGGGAAUGAGACGCCCACAUACGAGACUCAACGUUGUGACAAACUCUUCCGCGCUAUCUGCAGCUACGACGGGCAACGGUACAGCAGCAGUUUCUGGGAAAAAAACAAGAAGCAAGCGGAACAAGGAGCGGCUCUCGUGGCGCUUCUGGAGCUGGGAAUUGUGCAGGAGACAAUACUUUGCGAAAAUGGCAGUCUGAUCAGUUAGCAAAGUCAAUUGUGACAUAAUAAUAAUUAUUAUUUCUUUAUUAAUUUCCUAA